GGCCGGUAUUGACUUCCGGAAAUCAACACAUGCUAUGAGAUAACGCAGAAAAUUAAUCAAAAGACGCCAAAACUGACGUUUUUACGAUUUGAGGAGCAUAAUGUCGACGUGUACAGUGUGCAGUCUCACUGUCAAUUCCCCGGAACAGCUGCAGCAGCAUAUGAAGGGAAAAGCUCACAAGAAGAAGAUGAUGGCUGCGGGACUGCCUGUGGAGGGGCUGACGAGCACACCAGGAGUAGGUGCAGUUUCACAGGAACAAGAGCCUGGCAGUGUGAAAAAGCGUAAGUCUACAGAUGGGGCAGAAGCAGGGAUGUGUUCUCUGUGCAACAUCGUCUUCAAUUCAACUGUGCAGGCCCAGCAACACUACAGCGGCAGCAAACACUUCAAGAGGAUGAAGAUUGUGCAUGGCAACUUAGAGAAACCUAAAGAAGAAAACCAGGGUGAAGCUGGGCCUACGAAGGCGACUGGGAUGUUAUACUGUGGCUUCUGCAAGAUACAGGUCAACUCCCAGGAGCAGCUAGAUAAACACAGAGAAGGUGCCAAACACAAGAAAAACCUCGAAAGAUUAAAGACCAUGGCUCCAAUUAAGAAAGUGACAGUGAUGCCGGACCAGACCGCAGUCAAGGCAAGUGAUGUGCCGUUGACAUUACCAUCAUUUGAAACAUAUCUCUCCACAUCGUUCGUGAAGGCCAAGGAAGCGACCCAGUCAAGCAUGCCAGCUCUGGACUCACACCUUAAAGGUUGAACCUGCCACUUUCAGCUUUGCAAGAUUGUGAUAUAUAUGACUCAACAAGACUUUGAUCGUGCCAUUCCUGCAACAUUCUGGUGCCAGUGACAAGUUCCAUAUGGCAGUUGAAGACACAGCAUCAAGAGUGUGCACAAAAAAACAGUAUAGAAACCACAGAUACCCUUCUGCUUGUGUGACUACAGUACAUUGUACCCAGCUCUCUAAGGGCCACACAGACUCAACCUGAUACAGCAGCAGUUCCCUGGGGUACCACUUGUUGUCCAUAGUUUCCCUCCACUUUAUGUUUAUAUCUUAGAACAGGAUUUCUUUGAAGUACAAGCCAGUGUUGGACACUAAAGGACAGGUCAUAUUCAUCAUAUGGGGUGGUGGGCUGGCGAGAUUAAGGUAGGAGUCAUGGAAUAAUAUCACAACAGAAGAGGUGGGAUUGCUAAAGGGUCAGGGUGGGGGUAAAGCAUAAAAACAUUACACAGUUCUAGUGUUUUAAAGUAAUCUUUUUAUGACAUCGAACAUUGUUGAAAAUAUACAGGAAAUAAUAAAAUAUACAAUAU